AAUUAUCUUGUUGGUGAGGUAGGACGACAUAUUGGCUGUUGGUUGUUCGCGCAUACAGGGGUCAGUGUUUUUAGUGGGUUAUUCAUUAAAAAUGGCUCUUGCCGCUCAGAAAGCUCUGUUGGAUGAGCUAAUGGGAAAAAACAGAAAUGCUUGUAAUGGUGAGAGCUCUGGUGGUCCACAUUGGUCUGAUGAUGAUGUAUGCAAGUUUUAUUUGUGUGGCUUCUGUCCUCAUGAUUUAUUUGUCAAUACAAAGACGGAUUUGGGUCAGUGUCCUAAAUCCCAUGAUGAGCGCAUGAGAGAAUCGUAUAAAAAGAGUUCUCGUUUUGGAAAGAUGGGGUACGAGCAAGAUUUUGUUCACUAUCUUACCCAGCUUUUGGAGGAUGUUGAAAAAAGAAUUCGGCGAGGACAUGAGCGAUUGGCAGUCAAUAAAUGUGUUAACAAUCCAGAUCCGAUCGGAGCCAGUGAAAAGAAAGAAAAAAUUGCUGCGCUCACCAAAAGAAUUAAUGACUUGGUGAAACAAGCUGAGGAAUUGGGAACUGAAGGAAAGGUUGAUCAAGCACAGGGAGUUCUUAAAUUGUGUGAACAGCUAAAAUUCGAGCGUUCACAGCUCGAGGGUGAUGCGCGCCCCGGAAUGACUCAGACUAAAGAGUUGGAAGUUUGUGAGAUUUGUGGAGCCUUCAGAAUCAAAGACGAUGCACCUCAACGAGUUGAAGAGCAUUUGUCUGGUAAAAUGCACCUUGGCUAUGCGAAAAUUCGUGACUAUUUAAGACAAUACAGUGAGAAGCAUUCGAAUUCCUCUUCGCGUUAUGGACGACGGGAUAAACGAUCUCCAGCUGAUCGCUCUCCUAUUUCUCGGGAUCGUGAUCGUCGUCGCAGCCGUGGUAGGAGUGUAGAGCGAAAUAGUAUCACAGUUCCCCGAUGAAUUAAUGUGAUUCGAUUGGAAUAAUUUAAAAAGGUACUUAUUGCAGAUUUUAAUUCCGCUUAUUAGGUAAUUUUGGAGUCAUCGUCUAUUGCGGAGGCAAUCGAUUCCACAAGUUCUCAUCUACACUCCAAUGCUUCCCGACAUGGUCGCCACGAAAGUGGGGGCAGUCGGUUUCGAUCCAGACAUGAUUUUCGGGAUGAAAGGCGGAGAUUUGGUAGAUCUAGAUCCGGUUCACGUUCGCGAAAACUUUACGAUCGUCACCGUUACGACCACUCAUCCUCUUCAAAGUCCACGAAGCGCAAUACUUCACCAUUCAGUGCCGCCCGACGUCCUCCUGAGGGUGCUGAAGAUUACUAACUUCUCAGUCCAACCUAUUAGAACAUUGUACAUAUAUUUCAGAUAAGUUUUUUGUUUACGCGUUAAUAAGACCCUAACUCAUGUUUGUUUCCACUUAGCAUUGAUUUGUCGAAUACAGAAAUUAAUG